GUUUAGCAAAUCUAACACAUGACGUCAUAAAUUUUGACUGCAACGAAAAGAAACCACAAAAAUUUGAGGGCUUCAUCUUAAUUGUAUCUAAAUAUGGCUUGAAUGGAAGAUAGAUUAAAUCAAAAAGUGCCAGAGUCUGUACCAUCAAAUGUUCCAUCCAGUGUGGGCAUUGGCUGCAGUAUGUGUUGCAUCUCUCCUUAUCCUUCUUUGCUGCAUUUGUUGCAAAAAAUGCAAAAAGAAUGAUGGCAAAAAAGGUUUAAAGCAAGUUGUAUGUUUGGAGCCAAUGAACAAAAAUAUAUGCAGCGUCAUUAGAAAUACAAAAAGGAAAUUUUUCAAAAGCAAGGUUAAAGAAGAAAUGGUUCAGCCAGGCAUAGAUGAAGUGAACAUGAACAUGUGGGAUUUAGAUGAACAGGGAAAUCAAAAGGCGUAUCAUGGAAAGCUACAAAUUUCACUAGAGUUUAAUUUUCACAGAGACGAGCUCAAUGUUACAGUAAAUGCAGCCAAAGAUUUACCUGGGAUGGACACAACUGGAAUGUCUGAUCCAUAUGUCGUAGUGAGCAUUCUGAGUGAAAAAAAGAAAUUUCAGACCAAAGUCAAACGGAAAACAUUAAAUCCUGUAUUUAAUGAAACCUUUGUUUUUAAGGUUCCCUUUGCUGAAGUGACAUUAAAAACAUUAGUGUUUGCAGUUUAUGAUUUUGAUCGCUUUUCCAUGCACGAUCAGAUAGGUCAGGUUCAAGUCCCACUAAAUACCAUAGACUUUGGCAAGUCAUCUGGAAUAUGGAUAAAUUUGGAAAGCCCAGAAGCUGAUGAAAAAGAAAACAGACUUGGUGAUAUAUGUUUUUCAUUGAGGUACAAACCAACUGCAAAGGCACUUACUGUUACCAUACUGGAAGCCAAAAACCUCAAGAAGAUGGACAUUGGUGGUACUUCAGAUCCCUAUGUGAAAAUAGCAUUGUUUAUGGGGAAAAAGAGGCUAAAGAAAGGGAAAACUACAGUAAAACAUGGUUCAUUGCAUCCCUACUUUAAUGAAUCUUUCAAGUUUGAGAAGAUCCCUCCUCCUCUAAUGCUGAGAGUGAGACUGGAGAUAACAGUGGUUGAUUAUGAUGCAAUAGGAAAUUCUGAUCCUAUUGGAAAAGUAGUUCUUGGCUGUGCUUCUACUGGACCACAACAACGUCACUGGAAUGACAUGUUGGCAUCUCCUAGACGGCCGAUUGCUCAGUGGCAUACAUUGCAGGAAAUACCCCAACAGUAGACAAAAAGUUGGACUUGCUGCUUUAAAGAUAUAUAACUUUUGAAUGAGUCUGAGAAAUAACUUUUCUGAUGCUUUAUGUAUUUAUUUAUUAUUUAAAUAUUUAUUCAUUGAUUUAUUUUGUUCAUUAAUUUAUUUAUGCAUAAAUAUUUGAGGUUUUAAGUUCAGUUUAGUGAGUAGCUAUGUCUGUGAUAUAUGAUAUCUGUGAUGAUUUCAAACCUUGAAAUGUUUCAGCAGACAUGUUCAAAAACUGUUAAAGUCAAUUGUUAUUGUUAUAAUGUUGAAGUGAUUUUUUAAUGUCAUACAUGUAAUUGUAAUAUGAAUUGUUAUUGUCAGAAUGUUAAAGUGAAUUUUUAUUGUCACAAUAUUGAAAGUGUAUUAUCAUUGUUAGCUUGUUGAAGUCAUUUGUUAACUAACAUUUAAAAAUACAUGUUUUGUGCAAGCCCAUUGUUUUACGUGUUUUAUGCAUAAAGAUAUUACUUUGUAACUUACCAUACUUGUUAAUGACUAUGAUUUUCACUUUCUAACAAAAGGACGUAACACUUUCAUG